AUGCGUUAUUCCGGGAGGAUAGAUUGGCCACGAGUCCGCUCCUGCCACCAAGACAGUACGUGUUGCUCAAAUCGAGGAAAAGUAUCAGGUGAAAAGCAUGCAAGUCGCGUAAACACGCUUGAAGGAGACUACUGCAGAGUCUUCAAAAGGCAUAUUUCUCUUCGUUUGCAUAAAGACCGCUUUCGGAAAAUCUAUCUAUCUAUCUAUCUAUCUAUCUAUCUAUCUAUCUAUCUAUCUAUCUAUCGAUGGAAUAUAUAUUACCGAUUUAUUCUAAAUAUAGAAAGGAAUCUAUGUGUCUGUUUUUAUCUAUCUAUCUAUCUAUCUAUCUAUUAUCUAUCUAUAUCUAUCUAUCUAUCUAUCUCAUUUUGUUCAUCUAUCUAUCUAUCUAUCUAUCUAUCUAUCUAUCUAUCUAUCUAUUUCACUUUGUUCAUCAAUCUAUCUAUCUAUCUAUCUAUCUAUGGGGUCAAUUAUCUAUCAUCUAUCUAUUAUCUAUCUAUCAUCUAUUUCUAUCUAUGUUUGUGUUUUAUCUAUUCUUUCAUCUAUCUAAUAUCUAUCUAUCUAUCUAUCUAUCUAUCUAUAAAUAAAUCUAUCUAUUUCGAUCUUUUCAUUAUCUAUCUAUCAGAUGAAUGA